GCUUGUCUGUUCCCUAUCCCCUGUUCCCACCCCUGCUACUCCUCUCCCACUGAUGGCCUAAAGGACACUGCCGAUAGCAGUCAAUGCAGUGUCCCUGCAGCAACUCAUGUCAGCAGGUCAGCGACUGGUGGUACUUCCUCGACGCAGUCCUCGGAUAGCAGCUCUUCUCAGCAGACAGCAACAGGCGGCAGCAGGCAACCCGACACCGACAGUACCAAGGAGGCGGCGAACGAUGGUCUUGCAAGCGUUUCCGGUCCAAGGCGCCGAUGAGGCAUCCUACGUAUUCUUGCAGCGUGUUCAGGCCUUCAUGGACCUGGCUGCUGCUGAACAGGAGCGGAUUGCCGCUGCAGCCGCUGAACAUCAAAGACUGGCCGAAGAGGCCGCAGCUGAGCAACAGAGGCUGGCCAAUGAGGCGGCCGCCGAAGCAGCGCAACAGCAACAGCGUGCUGCAAGCACACAGGUCCUGCAGAAUGAGGAGCAGUGUUUCAGCGAACUCCUCACGACGUGGACUUUUGUGCCAUCAGCCGCACUACCAGCGCCAACAGCGGCGGAGCAGGAGAAAACAGAAUUGGCUUACCUACUCAGACACUUGUUACACACCGUGAACUGGCAGCAGGAGCAGUUGCGGCCGCACACUCAGGCAGCAUACCAGCAGCAGCAGAUCCUAAAAGCUGCCGCAAAUGACUGCCAGACACUCGCAACGGCGAUCAAUUAUGCCAAGACCCAGCAAAAGCAAGUCAACGACUCACUUACUGUACGCCUGAGUACGGUUGAAGCGCAAGCCCGUGCACCAGCAGCGGCACCAAUCGGUUCAUCAGCAGCUGGCCAGCAAUGGGGCCCGCGUGUAACAGCGAUCGAAAGUACAGCCACCACCACCACUCAGUGUAUUGAUCACAUCAUCAGCCUGAUUGGCGAGGUGGGCCAGUUUGAGACCCCAAUGACGCUCGGCAGCCAAGUGACGGCACUCAAAACCGAGCUGGGUAAGCUGAAGUCAAGACCGGACAGCGGUAAGGCGUACAAGAUGCCCAAGUUCAACGUAGCCAAAUUUGACAACUAUCACAAGACCGACGCAUUGGCUUGGUGGACCGCAUUCAAUACGGAGGCGGACGUGCAUCACGUUCCCGACGAUCAGCGCCUCAACGCGCUGUACCUCCAGCUGAUUGGCGGCAGCCAGGCCCUCAUGAACAAUUUGGCGUUGCAAAAGGCAUGUACGAUCGCAACACUGCACACCAAGAUUACAUGGGAAGAGUUUGAGGAGCUGUGGCAGACGCAGUUCAUGGUCCGAAACGUGAAGAAGACGGUCAUGAACGAGCUCUACCAUUGCAGCUAAGGCACUAUGCCUACCCGAGAAUGGUUUACGAAGUGGCAGAAGUUUGCUGCCACUCCGACAUUCAACCUCGAUCUCGAAAAUUUGAGAUC